UCCACGUCGAAGACAGAAUGUGCGUACGGUAUUUUUUGCAUUACUCCGCCCAUGAAAAUAAGUUUGUUAGGUCGUGCAUGACAAUUCCAGUCCCAAAACAAUGUAAUAUUAGCAACUCCCAAUGUUUUAUGAAAUGGGUAUCACACAUAGCUCUACACGAAGAAAAUAAACCCAAGUCGUUUUAGUCCACAGAACGUUCAUAUAUGCCCAACUCCUGUCAUGUCCAGGCGAUCGCGGCAGCUAACAGAGACUGCCGGGCUGCGGAGCUAGGCACGCUCCAGCGGACUGCGCGCUCCGCGAGACGCUCCCACUGGAUCCACGGCCGUCUCCGGGCCCUGCAGCAGGAGAUGGUGGAGGGCGGCCGGUCCCUGUCCGAAUACCUAGAGGCGGCCAAGCACCUAUUCAGGCAGCGAACGGCAAACCUGGAGGGCGUUCCGGAGGAGGUUGAGGACCCGGCAUUGGCCGCCGAGGAAGCCGAAGAGGAGCGUGCACCUGGAGCCGGGCUCAAUGAGCACCCCUAUGAACGCGGGGAUCUCCCAGCUGCACCGGAGGCUGCCGUCGAGGCAGCAGCGGACGAGGCGGCAGCGGACGAAGGACCGUGGCAACAGCCUGCCCCAACCUGUUCCAUCUGCCUGGAGCCGUGGAGCCCGCGGGUGAGGCGAGCGGCGGUAAUGCCCUGCAUGCACGCGUUUGGCUGCCUCGCCUGCCUGCGCCACGUGCAGGCGGCGGCUGACACGGGCAUGGCCGUCUGCCCGUUCUGUCCAGGACCUUUCGUGGCGGAGCCCGUGCAGCUGUUCCUCUGAAGCCAGUGGCAACGAGACCGUCCCUGGCAGAUCCGGCGCCUGCGAAGGGUUCCUGAGCUCGAUCGAGUUUCUUACGUUAUCCGAAUCGAAAUAAAAAAAGACAACUUUCAUAUGGUGAUUUGCUUUAUCCAUGCGCCAAGAGUCGCCAGUUUCGUGGCGGAGCCCGUGCAGCUGUUCCUCUGAAGCCAGUGGCAACGAGACCGUCCCUGCCAGAUCCGGCGCGUGCGAAGAGUUCCUGAGCUCGAUCGAGUUUCUUACGUUAUCCGAAUCGAGAUAAAAAAAGACAACUUUCA